CCACUGUGGUAUCAAAGUAACAAAUGUUUACAUACUUAUAUGAAUACGUUAGUUUUUAAAUUACCGGUACAAUAAAUAAUAAAACUUAAAAUAAAACAUUAAGGCAAGUGUUCAACGACCAACGCGAACAAGAAGUAAGUUAAGUCCAUAAGCAGACAGUACACAACAACUUGGAUGCCCGAGCGUGUAAUCUAAUGUCAUAUAUUACAUAUUGUCUUAACACGCCUAAUCACCAGACGAUCAAUCUAAAAUAAAAUAAUUAUCGGUGAUAGUGCAAGGAGUAUAGUUACUAAUAAAUAAUUGCACCAUUUAAUUAUGAAAGUGUCACCAUUAAAACGUCUGUCAAUCAAUAAAGUCAUCAGUGGGAUUUUUAGAAAAUGACGAGUUGGAAGUGUGUGUAAAGAGAAUGGCCUCCGUCGUAGACCUUGUUUGAAGUUUAGUACGACUGCAACGACGACGUAUUUUGAAUAUUGUCAAAAUUACGAUAUAAGUGUGUGUAUUUUACCAAGUCAUCGAUAAACAAUAAAUAUAAAAAAGAAGAAAAUAAAAAAAUAAAAUUACGAGUUAAAAGUGGAACUGGCGUGACUCUAGAAGAUUGUCUAGACAAUUCUGAACGUUCAGUGAAAGUCUUGAAAUAAUACGACUUAUUUUGAUUGUUGGUAAAUUAUGGAGACAUCAGAAGAACCAUCAAGUCUGCAGUCUAUUUGUCAUAUUAGAGCUUCAGAGCUUUUCCCAAAACACGCUCACUAUGAAACUGACGAUUCAUCACUGAGUGUACCAUUUACACCUUUGAGCGGUGAAUUCGUCGUGGCAUUGGGACGCACUGCCGAUGGCACAUUGGCUCUCUCUAAUUACAGGUUGUACUUACAAUUGAGCCAGACGUGUUACAAUAUACCGCUAGGUCUUAUUGAACAGCUAGAAGUUAAAGAAAUAUUUUUUUUACACAUAAGCUGUAAAGACGCACGCUCAGUCAGCUGCGCAUUCUCUACAAAUGAACACUGCUUAGAGUGGUUCAAACGGCUUCAUAAAGUUACUUAUUCGAGAAAAAGUAUUGAAGAAAUAUUUUGCUUUGCGUAUUACGCAUGGUCAGUUGAAGAAGGGAGAGACUAUCUCCGGCUUGGAAAAGAUAAUAAUUCAUAUAUUGCAUCAUUUAAUUCGGAAGUUGAACGAUUGAAAUUUAAUUUACACGGUACCUGGCGUAUAACCCAAAUAAAUAAAGAUUACCAAAUUUGUUCCUCGUAUCCACCAGAGCUGCUGGUCCCAGCAUGCAUUUCUGACAAGCAACUGGAGCUUGUAGCUAAAUUUCGAAGCUCGAGGCGAAUUCCAGCAGUGAUAUGGCGUAAUGUUAAUAAUGGCGCCGUGAUAGCUAGGAGCAGUCAGCCAGAAGUUGGCUGGCUCGGUUGGCGGGAACCAGAGGACGAGGCAUUACUAAAAGCACUGUCAGAUGCAUGCUCGUACGACCGCGGUGAGUCGACCAUGAUGGACUCACCGCUGAGUUAUCCAGACUCGAGUGAAGACACCCCGAGUAGUAUUGCCAGUAGCAAUAAUGCUAAAAAAGUCCUGAUAGUUGACGCAAGAUCUUACACAACAGCUGUUGCUAAUCGCGCACGUGGUGGUGGCUGUGAGUGCCCUGAGUAUUAUCCAAAUUGCGACAUACAAUUUAUGAAUCUUCCAAAUAUACAUUCGAUAAGAAAAAGUUUUCAUGCGGUGAGACAACUUUGUGCCUCGGAUGCUGAUCAACCGAAUUGGCUGAGCUUACUAGAAGGUACCAGAUGGUUACAGCACAUGUCGGGACUUUUACGUGCUGCUGUAACUGUCGCCUCGGCUAUUGAGAGAGACGGUCGUCCGGUGCUUGUGCACUGCAGUGAUGGCUGGGACAGGACACCUCAAAUAGUCGCACUAGCCCAAAUAUUAUUAGAUCCAUAUUAUCGAACAAUGGAAGGUUUUCAAAUACUUUGUGAGAGAGAAUGGUUAGACUUUGGCCACAAAUUUGCCGAUCGCUGUGGCCAAAUAGUCGGCUGUGAAGACCCCAAUGAAAGAUGUCCAGUAUUUCUUCAGUGGCUUGACUGCGUGCAUCAAUUAAUUGAACAAUUCCCGUGUUGUUUUCAAAUGUCCUCAGCAUAUAUCGUAAAACUUGCGCAGCAUACGUACUCCCAACUUUUUGGUACAUUUUUAUGUAAUACACGUCAAGAAAGACUCCAACUACGGAUAAAAGAUCGUACAUUUUCAGUAUGGCGUUUUCUAAACUACAAUUCAUAUAUAAAUCAUUUAUACACACCGUUAAAAAACCAGGUAUUAUGGCCGAAGUGUAACGUACGUGACCUUGUACUAUGGUCAGAAGUGUACCUCGGUUCCAUGGAGAUGUCACCUAAACCAGACAAACAGAGAGUUUCUCUGAUUGACAUUGAGGGCGCGGAUAAUGAGAAGCCGCAACAUGGACAAAUGACUAAAACACGUUCUUACGGUGAUCUUAUUCACACACAAGAUCAUGUGUCAUAUCUACACCGCAGACUGAGCGAUCCCAGUAUUUCUAUUGAAAAAAAAUUUGAUUCUCUGAAUAUGGACAAUGUUUCGGAUAAGACUGAAGGCGAGAGUACUGAUGAGGAAAAGAUUCAAGGCAUUUGUGAGCAGUCAUUAGAAUGCGACCUUAUUAAAAAUAAACAUAACGCUAAUGAGAUGUCAAAUGACGUACCGGGUAAUCCAUCAGUUGACAGUUCCACAGACACUCUGAUACCCAGCAGUGAACCGGGUUUAUUAAUUCCCAUAGACGCCCAAAAAGAUCUGCGGCAAGAGAAUUCAUUAUCUACCGAAAACGGAGUUACACCCUGGUUAGAAAGUAGCGCACCGGCUACUGACAGAGCACCAUGUACGUGCAGUCGUUUUAAUCAAGAAGACAUAAGCGAAGCCAGUGAAACAAGUAUUCCUUUAAAUUCAAGAACACCCAGCAGUAUAUGCCCCGCAUCCCCAACACAUCAGGAUAUUAUCCUUGAUAAUCCUGAUAGUCUAGACGACGUUGACGGCCUUCCUAUUACUCAUUGUGAUGUACAAUUGCGCGUACAACAAAUUAUCGUUGAACACAAGGUAAAGGAAGAAGCCUUGAGAAAAGAAUUACAUACAACACGUUUAGCUCUUAUUAAACAAGUCUGUAAUAAUCAUAACAACACAGAUAAUGAUCGAGUUGAUGAUAUAGGAUCGCUACCGGAUUCAGUUGGCAGUGCAGGAGAUCAUGGAGAAUCUCUGCCCUCGGAUAUGUCUUGGGAAGCAGUAGAGGAACUUGGACCAGCGCCAACACUCUGGGUACCUGACCAUGCAGUAAAUCGAUGCAUGGGCUGCGAUACUGAAUUUUGGCUGGGCAGACGCAAACAUCAUUGCAGGGGUUGCGGUAAAAUAUUUUGCGCCGAUUGUUCGGAAAAUUCAACUCCACUUCCAAGUGAACAGCUUUACACACCAGUACGGGUAUGCAGUGAGUGUUUUUCACGGCUACAUCAUCAUCAUCAUCAUAACACAAAUUCAUGUCAAUGCAAUACGUUACGUCAUCCAACUGUAGCAAGUAAGCACAUGGAUAACAAUGAUUUUGUUGAUACGACACCAUCUAAUUCCGAACUAACUUUUGUCGGUACAAAAUCAAAGCUCACUAAUAAUAUAAAUAAGGAAACCGGAUGUGCUGAAACGUCAUUAGCAAUAAAUUACCAAAAAAAUCAAACCACUAGUUCGGUAGCAAGUGGUCAGGUUGUCAAUUAAUGCAACAGCAAAAUGAUAGAAAUAAAUGAUGAUUAUUUAUGUGAUUUUAUUUGGAUUCAAAAUUAAUAUAAAUAUAAAUAUAUAUUUAAUUAAAUUAUUUAUUAUAAAAAAAAAAAUUGAAGCCAGUGAAAAUUUUAAAUUAAAUUAAAUUUUAAAAAAUUAGGCUAGAUUCCACUCGACGCAUUCUAUUCAUUUAUCAUCAGAUUAAUGUAAAAAAAAAAAUCAAUAAAUAAACAAAUAAAUGACACAUAGUUGCAGCUUGUGUACAUGUACACAUAUAUUUAAUAUAUAUAUAUAUAUAUAUAUAUAUAUAUAUAUAUAUAUAUAUGGACACAUAUAACAAGAAGGAUAAAUAAUGAUGUAUUAAGAUCGUAUUAUCGGUCAAAUAUUUAUUACUAGGAUAAUAAUAAUGAUAAUGAUAUUUUUACGACAAUGCAUAUAGAAUUGGUGUUUAUUAGACGACAUCGUAAUGGAGAAUAAAUAUAAUUAAAUAAAUAUAUGUAGAUUUAGUAUAUAUACAUAUACUUUAAAAAAAAGAAAAUAAAUAAAUGUACAUAUGUAUUUUGAAUUGAAUACUUGCAUGUCUCUGUAAGAAAAAAAAAAUGAGAAAUGUGGAAAAUGAUACAUGUAUGUAUCAAUAUAUUUUCUUCUCUUGUCAAGCGGUGAAAUCCAAUAUGUUGUGAUGCAUUUCAAUGCAUAUUUAAUAUAUAUAUAUAUAUAUAUAUAUAUAUGUAUACAUAUGUGUGUAUGUAUGUAUGUGUAUAUUUAUAUAUAGUUAGGCUGUGAUGGAUAUCAUUUUCGGGCACGAACUAAC